CUUUGCUUUGUUGGUAAAUUGUAUGUAACAUUGUACAAAGAGUCAUUGUGCAAGCAAAAGAUAUUCACAUCAGAGUUUGAAAGGAAGGUGCAGUUCUUGGAAACAGGCUUUGUAAAUGAAAAAGGAAGAGGCAAAGAAAGUGAAACCCAAAGAGGAAAGUGAAACGGUUGCAUCACGUUGUACAGUGGUGCUCAUAGUGGCCCUUCCUCUAUAAAACAGGACUGCCUGCUGCAUCAGAGCAUAAGCAGCUCAAACUGAAGACAGAUACUGAGGCUGACCCUGAAGCUUCUAGACCCACAAGAUGAAGUUCGCUGUGAUUGGAUUCGUGGCCUGCCUGUUUCUCCUCUGUGCUCAAGCUCAGCCAGCCAACAGGUCCAAUAAAUGCAAGUGUUCCAGCAGCUUCCUGAACAGGGUCCGACUGCAGAGCAUUCUCACAGAGCCUGUCGUUUACCACCCAAGCACCUUCUGCCCCCGCACUGAGAUCAUUGUUAGACUAGCAAACAAGGAAAAGUGUGUGGAUCCAAAGUCACGAAUUGGACAGCUUAUCUUGAAUCUGAAGAACAAGUCCAGAAAAACUGGAGCUGUGCACACAACGACGGUUUCAGCUCACUCUUCCACUUCAGGCUCAACACAGCAGGCGACAUUCAGACUGUAGGACUCAGUUCUGAAAGCUGAAGGUGCCGAGCACCAACUCUGCUUUUCUGUUUCACAAUAACAUCACUCUAAAUGCAGCAAGUAUAGAAAAUACCCAGUAAUCAUGAUGGCCAGUUUCUUUACCUUGUGUAUGCUGUAUUAUUCCUUGUUAAACAGUCUUUAUAUACUUUGUAUAUAAAGAUACAACUGUAUAGUUUUUUUAUAUACUCUACAGCUUUUAGAAAUUAGUUUUCUACUAUGGGAAAUAAAAACAACCUCAUACUUUUUGUGUCAACUCUUUUUGCACUCAUGUUGAAUGUGUUUUCAGCUGGAGUGGAACUGAACUGCAAAGGCCUCCAACGCUACUUGCAGCUUUAAUUGAAAUGUUAUCUUUUUUAAGAAGUGACGGAGAGCAGAAUGUCACACUGAGAUCAAAGCAAUGAUCUAUUUGCUGAGCCAUUCGAGGUCCAGUGAACAUGCAGUAACAGCAGAUGGCACAAGACGUACAUUGCACAUACUGUUUAUACACAU